AGGCUGACUCAAUCUCUCCGAAAAAUGAAGUUCUUGAUAUUCGCCUAUCUGCUGAGCGUUGUCUGGAGUCGGAAACCCGAUGGAUGCGGGAGGCCCUCGAUCCCACCUUUCAUCGAGCCCGAAGACCGCAUUUAUGGCGGUAGGGUUGCUGUGCCGGGAAGCUGGCCUUGGCAAGCGCAGUUGCAACUGCAAGGACGCUUUCAUGUUUGCGGCGGUUCCCUGAUCAGCGAUCAGCACGUUUUGACUGCUGCACACUGCGUCUGGGGAACACGGCCGGCAAACUUGAAGAUUCACCUCGGUUCACACCGGCGCCAAAGACGAGAACCAGCUGAGCUUGUUGUUGGCGUCCAUGAAAUUUGCAUCCAUCCUGCUGCUCGUACCAGUCUCCAACCGACCGCCUUCUUCUCGCAGGGUUUAAUGCAGGACAUCGCAAUCAUCAAGUUGAAGAGCAAGGUGAAUACGACGACGACCAUACAGCCAGUGUGCUUGCCCGAAAACAACGAAGAACUUUCCAGAACAUCAAAGGUGUUCGUUCUCGGUUGGGGAGCAACAGAACGCAGCCAAGGUUCAGCAGAAUUGAAACAAACUAGGGUGCAGUACUUGUCAAACCGAGAUUGCAGAGCAAGAGGAGUAAGAGUAAUUUCACAAAUAUUCUGUGGAGGUCAUAUCCAUGGCAGCGCCUGCAGGGGCGACAGUGGUGGACCUGUUGUGCACAGAAAUGACGGCGUGUGGUCGCAACAUGGCAUCGUCAGUGGAGGCCCUCUUGGCUGUGGAUGGUCCUACGCACCGCAGCUUUUUGUCAAAGUGUCCUCCUACGUUGACAACUUCAUUGCACCUUACAUAGAUCCCAAGACAAGUCGCGAGAAAAUUCGGAGUAUAUGCAGACUAGUUAGUUCGUAAGAUGCCGUGAAACAUUAAAUAGACCGUAUUAGUGUACUUUUUUUUGCUUAAUGAAAACUUCAUCUGUAUGCUGAUUUAUGCAACACCAUAUAUGGGCGAUUAUGUAGCAUACGUGAAACGGUCUACGAAAUUGACUUGUUGUGUACGUUACGUGACGUUAACUUUUCUGCUAAACUUAGAAAGGAAACUAAAUUGUCCUACAAGCAACAUCACAUCAGGCU